CUCUGCAACGCAAACAGUCGGAAUUGAUAAUUUGUGGUAACUGGAAUCGAUUGUUUGUUACGAAGAUAAAUUGGCAGGAUUAAAAUAUUUCCAUUCUCGAAUUACAUGUAAAUAAUUGAAUUACGAAAUGACUGGCGGUGUAAAUAAAUUAAUAGCUAUGCUAUUAAUUGCAUUUAUUUGUGGCGGGCAUGCAAGACAAAUACGCAUAAAUCGAUAUGAAACGCAAGUAGAAGAUGAUAAUCCGAUUACAGUGAAUGCAACUGUACGCGAAAUUAAGCCAACACCAUAUCCAGCAGCUGGUUAUCGUCCAGGCCGUGCAUUCGAUUUACCCGGUGAAAAUGCUGACUCUGCGGGAAUAACAACAACAACUGCUGAUGGCUUAGCAGAUGAUGAUGGUUCUGGUUUAGCCACAACAACUACUGAAACAGCAAUUGAUCUGAGUACCACCACUUCUACUGUUGAUUUGGAAACAGUAACUCUUUACAAUGGAGUGCCACUGGAAUUGAAUAAUGAUGAUGAUAAUGAAGUUAUAGUUGCCAAAAAGGCACCUUAUCCAGCUGCUGGUUUUAAACCAAAAAUUGCCUUUAAUUUACCAACAGAAAAUCAAGUAGUUGAAGAAGAGGUUGUGAUACCUGCUGAAUUGCCUAUACCUAAAAAAGCGCCUUAUCCAGCUGCAGGUUAUAGGCCAAGUCGUGCUUUUCUGCUACCCACAGAAGUAACAGCUGAGAGUCAAGUUGAUGCAAGUAAUAAGGGACAUCCAGUAUGUGGUGUUAGUACUAAUCCUUUAGCACCAAAACCUGCUGAGGGAACUGAAGAGAAUCCCGAUUCAGAAACUGUUGUCGUAACAGCAGAUGUGGGUCCUGUGGUAAUAACUGCACCAGUUCCGCGUAUUAUACCAGUUAAUGUUAAUAAUGCAGUGCAGAUACGUUCACAACCAAUAAUGGCUCAACCAUUGGUCAUAGGUCGUCCUUUCGCCUACUCUGCACAAUGGCAGACUUGGUAGUUUAAUGGAGAUAUUAGUUGUGUUUAGAAUUAAGUUUUUGGAAAACUAUUUGUAAUACAAAUAUAUAUGGUGAUGUAUGUGAAAAGUAUUGAUUGUUGUAAUGUAAAAAUAUAUAUAAUUUUAUAUAUGAGGGUGUAUUAAUAUAUAAUA